UACAUCAUUUCUAAACCAUCCCUCACCAACUCUCCCUCCUCUAAGGCCUCAUUGAGAGAGAAGUUGGGAGAGAAACUCUGGGAAAGCACAACAAUUUUCUCUCCCUUUCUCUCUCUCUCUCUCUAGGUCUUACACCAUGGAGGUUACAUCUCCCACCAAGAGUAACCGUGGUGACCUGAAGGGUUCUUCCCUUGAAUUAGAUUGUGUUGAGCCUGUUGCUAGCCCUCUUCCUAAAAUGAUCAUUGUAGCGUCCGUCGCUGCUGGUGUUCAGUUUGGAUGGGCGCUACAGCUCUCAUUGUUGACCCCUUACGUGCAGACUCUUGGUGUUCCGCACAUAUGGGCAUCUUUUAUUUGGCUCUGUGGUCCAAUGUCGGGUCUUCUUGUUCAACCCGUUGUUGGUUAUUAUAGUGAUCGAAGUACGUCACGCUUCGGCCGCCGUCGUCCAUUUAUCUUCUUUGGUACCCUCUCUGUCGCCGUUGCUGUCUUUCUUAUUGGUUACGCCGCUGACCUCGGUCACUCUUUCGGUGACGAUCUCUCGCAGAAAACUAGACCACGAGCUGUUGCUUUCUUUGUCCUCGGAUUCUGGAUCCUUGACGUAGCAAACAACAUGCUCCAGGGACCAUGCCGUGCUUUCCUCGCCGACUUAGCAGCCAGCGAUGAAAAAAUGACAAGAACAGGUAACGCGUUCUUCUCGUUCUUCAUGGCUGUCGGAAACAUUUUGGGAUACGCAGCUGGUUCAUACAGCAGCCUAUACAAAAUCUUCCCAUUCACCGAAACCGCGGCAUGCAACAUUUUCUGCGCCAAUCUUAAAAGUUGCUUCUUCUUCUCCAUCCUCCUCAUAACAAUACUGGCCGGAAUCGCUCUGACUUACGUGGAAGACAAACCUCGGAUGAAAUCGGAGGUGAGCGACGACGACGACCAACAAGUAUCAUGUUUCGGACAAUUGUUCCAUGCAUUGAAGGAGUUGAAGAAACCAAUGUGGAUGUUGAUGUUGGUGACAUGUGUGAAUUGGAUCGCAUGGUUCCCCUUCUUCUUGUUCGACACAGACUGGAUGGGUCGUGAAGUGUACGGAGGAGAUGCAGGAGAGAAGGCAUAUGACACUGGUGUGAGAUUUGGUUCUUUAGGACUUAUGCUUAAUGCUGUUGUUCUUGCAUUAAUGUCUUUGGCUGUUGAACCUUUGGGAAAAAUGGUUGGAGGAAUUAAGAGACUUUGGGGUAUUGUUAAUAUUAUUCUUGCUAUUGGUUUGGCAAUGACUGUCCUUAUUACUAGGAUGGCAGAGCAGGAACGUCAGCUAAGGACAGCAUGGCCACGCAUGCUUUCAGAAGCUAUGUGUCCUAACAACUAUGUUUCCAAACAGCUAAGCAUGGUUUCAACCCAGCCUCAAUAUCAUUUCAAAACAACCCAGCCCCCAACAUCAUUUUAA